GCUAUAACAACUGAGAAUGCCAAAUGGCAGCCGGUCAAACAGCUUGCGGCAGACCUGCCUUUUCAGCAAGGGGCAAAGCAAUGGCUUCACGAUGCCUAAUUGGUGCUUAAAAUUGCGUACAUGAAAAGUAUAUGCAGCUGAGAGGCCCUGUUGGGCUUGUAAGUGAGCGACCGGCGAAUGGUGCCCGGCGACUAUCGGCCGGGCUCAUACGCUGCUGCCUACCUGCAGCAACAAGCUGAAUCAGCAGCACGGAGGCCCUCUUCGACUGAGCGCCAGCGCGCUCGCCGGGAGGAGGCAGCCUGGGACGGGGGCCACGGACCGGAGCGGCAGGACAGCAGCGACGCGGCCGCUGAGGCCACGGAGCCGGUCGCGAACCAGGGCAGCUAUGCGGCCAUUGCCGCAGCAGCUGCGGCCGCAGCCAACGCUGCGGCAGCGCCAGCCACGGGCUCGCCGGGCCGACCGGCCAGUGCCAGGGGCCACGGCACCCGCUCGCCCAGCCCCUCUCCACCCCGGGCGUCAUGGGACCCAAGCGUGAGCAGGCCCGCAACCACGGUCCUGGCACAGGCCACCCAGAUGCGGAUGGCCCGCUUGCGGCGCUUGGCCCAGCGCCAGGCGCAGAUCCAGCAGCCGCCUCCCGCACGCGGCGGCAGCCUCACCAGCUCCGGCCCCCUGCAGGCCGGGCUGCGCGCCUCCAGCGCCCGCGCCUCGGCCUCAAGCCGGCUGGGCCGCGCCCCGGUGCUUUUGUCGGCGGUGCUGCAGCAGCAGCCGCAGCUGUAUGACCGGCAGCGGCUGUCUGCGGUGGAGCGCUUCAUCGAUGUGCUGGACGAGCUGCCCAGCCGGUACAGGGACGCGCAGGUGCUGUACCUGAGCAAGAACUCGCUGACCAGCGUGUCGGGCCUGGAGCAGUUCGGGUCGCUGCGGGUGCUGGGCCUGGCUGACAACCUGCUGUCGGAGCCGGGGCAGGUGGAGGCACUGGCGGCGGCAUGCCCCGGGCUGGAGGCGCUGUCACUGGAGGGCAACCCCCUGUCGAUGGUGCCGCACUACCGGUCGCGGGUGAUCCUGGCCCUCCCCGGGCUCAAAGCUCUGGAUGGGCGGCCGGUAACGGAGGAGGAGCGCGCGGCGGCGCCCGGCGAGCUUGCGGCAGAGGAGGCCACGGUGGCAGUGCUUAUGCGCAACGCCUGCGAGGUGCACAAGAUGGCCAGUGUGGUGCAGCGCGCGCAGCUGCACAUGGAGCUGCUGCACACCAUGUACAGCCGCGGCGCCGUCAUGGCGCGGGUGGAAGCACUGGGGGACGCGGCGGCAGCGGCUGCAGAGGGUCGCGGCGGCGCGCGCAGCUUGACACGGCUGGUGGAGCUUUGGGACUACGAGGGAGGGAUGGGCGCAGAGGAGCGGCGGAAGAUCCGUGGCGCAUUGCUGCGCGAGGUGGGGCGCAUGUACCGCCAGAGCCGCGCGGCACAAGGCGCUGGCCGGUCACCCAGCUGGGAGGACGCAUUCGCUCAGGUGAUGAUGGCGCAGCAGCAGACCACCGCGGCGCUGCUGGACCUGUUGACGCAGUGCCAGGCGGCGCUGGACGAGCUGCUCCGCAGCAUGGCGGCCACCGCGGGGCCCCACACCAGCUCAUGGUCGGCAGCGGCAGCAGCAGUAGGCGGCAGCGGCGUGCAGGGCGCCGGUGGUGUGGGAGGAGAAGGCGCUGGCAGGGCGCGGCUGCUGCGGGAGGCAGAGGAGGACGCGGAACGGCAGCUGGCGCUGCGGAUGGAGCGCGAGGGCGCGAUGGCAGACAUGAGGCGUGCUGCCGCCGCCCGGCCGGCGCUCAAAUCUGCGCUCAAACGUACCGCACACCAGCGCCAAUCGGCCGACGGCGCUGCGGCUGAGGCGGCUGCCGCCCGGCGCUCGGGCAGUGGCGCCGGCGGGAGUCAGCACGGCGGAGACGAGGAGGAGGACGCGGCAAUGAUGGGCAAUCUCUCCGACGACGAGGGCUUACUUGUCCGCCGCCGUCGCAAGUCCCCGUCGCCGCAACGAUGGCAGUCUGCGCGCUCCUCGCCGCCCCCGCCAGAGGCUGUAGAGCGGCUCCUGCGCGCACGACGGGGAGUAGUGGCGUCACCGGUCAGAGCGGGAAGCACACCAGCAGCAGGGCUGCGGCCGGCGACCGGGCGCACUGCCGAGUCCCGCGAUGCCGGCACCGCGAGCGCCGCUAAGGCACCGCAAUCUGCACGGGCUACGCUCCGGCAGCAGCUGCCGUGGUCUGCAGGCCCGGGCCUCGCGUCAGCAACCACAGCUGGCGGCACGGGCAGCAGCAGGUCGGGAUCAACGGACCGCACACGGCCAUGGCUGCAGCGCCGGUCGCGGUCUGUUGACGCGGCGACUCUGCGCCGCGGCGGGAGCAGUGCACGUGGUGCUGCCGCAGGGGGUCCCAAAGCCACGGCUACGCCUGUGGCUGUGGGCGAAGGCGCCGACGACCGGCGCCGCGCGUCAUCCGUCUCGCCCACCAAGAGGCUGCAGUCGCCGCCGCUCAACCACCCUGCCGCGUGGCGUCCUCCUGGAGCGGCACCGCCAGGUUGGAGCUCGCCGGCUGGAGCUGCCUCGCCCUCGCCCGACUACAAGGUCGCGGCACAGGCGGUGGAGCGGGCGGUGCGGGCGCAGUGGAACGAGGAGCAGGUGGACGCCGGCGUCCGGCCGCACGCAGCGCUGACCGCCGCUGCCGCUGGCGGCCUGGCGGAUGGGGCCUCGCCGAUGCGCCAGUCGGGCCAGUGGGCGGACCUGCCAGAGCGAGGCGUGUCAGCCUCGCCUGAGGUGCUGGGGCGGCGCCAGGGCCACAGCCAGCAGUGGCAUGGCGCAGCGCACAGCCUGCCCGCGCACCACGCGCGCCGGUCGCUUCAGGGGGCGCUGUCUGGUUCUUCGGCGCCGUCAGGCGCCACUGUGGGCUCCUCCGCGCCUCCGUCCGCCCAGGCGCGGCGCAACCCCGCGCCCGCAGACGCUCGGGCGGCGCAGCUGCGUGCGUCCUCUCCGGCGGCACCACUUGCUGCCGGCGGAGCUCGCACUCGAAACGCCGCCGGCAACGCUUUGGGUGGCGCUGCCUCUUGGUCACAGAUCGAUGACUUACGCCGGCAGGUGGAGGAGUCAGUGGCGGAGACGGCUCGGCUCCGCCACAUUGCUGACUUGGCAGCCCAGCCCAUUCCCGCUCGCAGCCCUCUUCCCUCCACGGGCCUUGACGCCAGGCCCAAUGCGCAGCUGCGGGCGUCAUGGCAGCUGCAGGCUGAGGUGGCACCGCUGGCGCCGUCCUCGCGGCCGCACCCUGCCACAGACGCGGGUCCGCCCUACGCCCAACUGGCGCCGCCGCCUUGGGCGAUGGCGCCGCCGCAAGCACAGGCGUGGGGCGUGUCCUCGACGCCACCACCAGGCGGGCUGGGCGGCGCGCCAACCUUCAGCCCACAGCCACAACCACAGGCGCCGCCGCCUUCGCUGCAGCCGCACCGUAACUCUUCCGCCCGUGCGCCUGAUGACGCGUCAUUGACGGGCGCGGCAGCACCGCAGGGUGAGCCUUUCCCCAGCCUGCCGCGGAUCUUUGCACCCCCCACAGCCGCGCCAUCCGGUGCUAGCUGGCCUCACGCUCAGCCCCAGCCCACAUUUCAGCAACAGCAGCAACAGCCCUUGGCAGAUACCGAAGCUUCCUUUACGGUAGCGCCUCGUACUGGCGAGCAAGCGCCCACACAGCCCGCCGUGCAUCUACGGCUGCAGCCGCCGCCUGGCGCCGCCACAGCCGCCGCCAACCAGGCACAAUCGGCCUACACUGGCCAGCAGCGGUCGGCGCCCGCUGCCCCCGAGUACGCGCAGCCGUCGGCACCACCACUUCCCGCGCAGCUGCAGACCGAGUAUGCCGCUGCGGCAAUAGCCGCAGCAGCUGCUGCUGCCGGAACGCCAGGCGGUAGCUGGACCCCACAGCAGCACCAGCCGCCGCUCCAGGACCCUCAGGAGCCGACCUCCCUGGGAGGCAUGAGCGUGAUGCGCGCGAGCCUGGACGUGCUCACACCCGGCAGCGUGCAGACCAGCGCCAACUUUCCGUCUGUGUCCAGCACACCCAGCUUCAGCCGCCGCCUGGGGGAGGCCGCAUCUGGUGCCGGUGGUGGCGGCUCGAUCCUGGAUGCGUACGGGGCGCCUGUUGGCCAGGCACAGCAACAGCCGCAACCGCCGAGGGGCUACGCACCACAGGAGGCUCCGGCCGAAACGCCUACGCAGCCGCAGAUGACUGGAACGUGGGGAGUUGUCGACACUGCAGGGCCUAUGCAGCGUGACUCAGUUGACUUUCCGCGGCCGCCAACCGCCACGUCCAUUCUGGCCACGCCCGCGUUCACGCUCUUUGCGCCGCCGGCUGGCGGCGCCGCCGGCAUGGGGCCCGCCUCCAGGGCCGGCGGCGGGGUUAGCUUCAUCAAUGCUGGCGGUGCCACCGCGGCUGCGGCCACGCCUGGCGGCACCAUCGUCAGCUUCAACGAUGCGGCCGGCGGCACCGCGCGUGUGGAGGUGGCGGAGAUGAUUACAGAGGACAGCGCCGGCUACAAGGACCAACACAUUCACUUGCACAUCCACCCGACCGGCUCACAGGCCCCUGACACCGGAGGCACCGACGCUUCCACGCCGCAGCUGUUCAUGCAAACCGGGCCGGACCGGCGCCGCGCCGGCGGGGUUGCGACAGGCGCCCCGCCGACGCAGCCCACCCUUUUCGGCGCCGAUACCAGCUCGGCGGCCGGGACGCUGGCCGUGAUAGCUCCUCCCGGCUCGCCCUUACACGCAAGCCUGGCCUCAGGCAAGGUGGUGUACGAGAAAAUCGAGCGCAUCAAGCCCGCUGGGGGCGGCCAGGGCGCUGCGGGGGCGUCGGCAGGAAGGGUGGCAAAGUCCGGCGGUGAGACGCGGAGAAGCAAGCGGCGUGUGCCUGGCGGCGUCGGAGCUGAUGGCCGUGCGGCUGUGCCGGGCUUUGGUUACACCUAUGAGGACGACGAGGAGGACUUGUCGGGCACCGAGGCGGAAGAGCAGGGCAAGGUGUCGUUGCGAAGGCGUGCGCGCGGGCCCCUUGCUCAUAGCGCGGAGGAAGGCGGCGAUGCGCCUCACGACGAGGAGGGCCAAGACCAGGAGGACAGGGAGGGGUACGACGACGAUAUCGCGCGUGAUGGCGACUGGCGACAGCGGCGCAGCACCAGCAGCACAAGCGGCCGCUCUGGUCAAGUGCCGGAAGGUCGCCGAGCAGGCUUGCGCUCGCCGCAUCCAUCACGCCGCGCUGCCGGCAGCAGCCGAAGCCCGGCGGCCAGCAUGCGACAACGAGACCAGGACGCACGUGAACAGGCACAGUACGCGGAGCUGCAGCGGCAAUUGUCGGAGCAGGCGGUCCUGAGCAGCCAGCUUGAGCAGCAGCUGGCGCAGAUGCAGACGCAGGGCCUCACAGCCGGCGCAGCCGGCGGUGUCCCAGCGCCCGCCGAGGUAUUGGAGCCCGGCGCAGCCACGUUUGUGUACGGCACGCAGCAGCAUGCCUCUCCACAGGCUUCCAUGGCGAGUGCACAGCGUGGGCCGUUGGCCGCGGUGGUGGCGGCAGACGCACCGGCCGGCAUGACCGGGGCCGGCGCUGGCGAGCGGGCGCUUCUGCCCAGUGGCUCCCAGCGCGAGCGGACGCAGCUGCCGUCCGUGCGGCGGCCCGCCACGUCCGACAUGCUGCCCACCUUCCAGCUGGCGCCCACUCGCGACACCGCUGCGGCGGCUUCGCCGGAGCCUCGUGGCCAGCAGCAGCAGCAGCACAGCACCACCAGCUUCCAGGCGUCGCCAAGCCGGCUGGGUGCCACUGCAUCAACCGCCGCAGCGAGCGCGACGGGAACGACGGGGGCACAGCUGCUGCCGGGGGCUUCCUCGACGCCCACCAAGCACGCGCCCAGCAGCCCCCCACCACCAGGCACGACCAGGCAGCAGUCUGGACAGCAGCUGCACUCGGAGCAGCAGCCGUCGCGGCCGCUGCAGGGUGCGGAGGAUCUGCCGCCGGCGCUGCGCGGCAUCUCUGACCAGAUCCAGGCACAGGCGGCGCGCAACCGCAGUCUGCAAGAGCAGAUAAGGAGCUUGCACGCGCAGCUGGAAGUGGAGCCAGCGGCAGACGCGGCGCUGCUGCAGGCGCCGGCCGAGGCGGCGGCGGCAGGCGUGGCACUGAGAUCUCAGCUGCCCACCGCAACGGCAGCUGCGGCCGGCCUCUCGGGGCCCACGACGGACCCGCUGCCGGCUGGCUCGCUGCGUGCGCUGGAGCAGCAGCUUGUGUCGCUGACGCUGGAGAAGGAGGCGGUGGAGCGCUCGUUGCUUGGGGAGCAGGGCGAGGUGCGGCUGCUGCAGCAAGAGCUCGGUCUGAUGGGGCAGGUGGCGGACGCGCUGGAGGAGUCGCAGGCGCAGCUGCAGGAGACGCGGCUGGCGGUGGCGCACCUGCAGCAGGAGGUGGUGGAGCGGGACCAGCAGCUGGAUGCAGGCCGGGCGCGGGAGGCGGAGCUGCUUGAGCAGCUGGCGGACGCGCGGGAGGAGCUGGUGACGGAGACGCGGCGGCUCGAGGGGGAGGCAGCCUCAGCGACAGUCCGCCAUCAACAGCAGAUGGAGGAGGCGCGUGUGGAUGCGGCCGAGCGCCUCGCCUCGCACGAGGCCGCCUCUGUUGCGGCCCUGGCCGCCGCCCAGGCGGAGCGUGCGGCGGCUGAGGCUGCGCUGCUUGAGCAGCACACGGCGCAGAUGCAGGAGCUUGCGGACGCGCACGCAGCGGAGCUGGCGACGCUGAGGUCAGCGUACGCAGCAGAGGUUGCGGCGGUGAGUGCAGAGCACGCGGAGGCGGUGCAGAGGGAUGCGGAGGCUGCGGCCGCUGCGCAAGCGCAGCUGGAGGAGCGCCGGGUGGCUGAGGCGGCAGCCGCAGCAGAAGCAGCAGCUGUGGCGGCGGUGGCCCUGGAGGAGGCCGUGCGCGUCGGCCGGGAGCGAUUGGAGGCAACAGAGGCGGCACACAAGGGGCAGGCGGAAGAGGCGGCUGAGCUGCACAAGCAGCAGCUGCAGGAUGCUGUGGUGCGCGGGAGGGCGGAGGUGGAAGUGGCGCGUCAGGAGGGCGAGGAGCGUGAGGCCGCAACGCGCGCGGCAGCGCAGGCUGCCGCGGAGGCUGCGGCGGCGGAGCACGCGGCGGAAGUGGCGGCGCUGCAUGACCGCAUCCGGUACACUGCAGAGGACGCCGCAGCUGCGCGGCGCCAGGGCGAGGAGCGGGCGGCGGCACUGCAGGCGCAGCUGGAGGAGGCGCUGGUGGCCCUGGGCAAUGAGCGCAUGGCGCACAGCGAGCUGCGGGUCCAGCAUCAGGCAGUGGAGGAGGUGGCGGCGGACACACGGCGGCAGCUGGAGCAGCUCCUUGACCGGCUGGAAGUGGAGCGGCGCCGCGAGGGGGCCGCGGAGCUGCUCGCGCGCCGGACGUUGCUGCGCCGUGCGCUGUGGCACUGGUACGGCAACGGGCAGCUUUGCGCCGAGGAGGCGCGAGGGCUGCACCGUGCCGCUGAGCACUUCCGGCGCCGCGCCUGCCGGGCGGCGCUGCGGCGCUGGCACGUGGUGGCGCUGCGGACGCGGCUGCUAAAGCGCAUGCUGCGCGAGCGGCGGACCAAGGUGCAGCGCCUGGUGCUGGCGUCACUCAAGAGGCUGGUGCUGGAGCGCAGGAGCGAGGCCCGCAGUGACACCAUCGCGGCUGCGCACCACGGCAUGUGGCUGCUGGGGCGCUGCCUGUCCGCCUGGCGCCGCCUGUGGCGUGCCCACGCGCGCGCGAUCGCGCAUCACGACGAGGACAGGGCAGCGGCGGCCACGACGCACCACCGCCACCACGUGCUGCGCACCGCCAUCGCCGUCUGGCACCGGCAAGUGCACGAGCACUGCCUGCCCAAGACCCAGAAGAAGCGGCGGGCGGCGGCGGCGCACCGACGGCGGCUGCUGCGCCGCGGCCUGCAGGGCUUCCGACAGCUCCUUGAGCGCUGCGCCGCCAAGCGCAACAGCAUGGCUCGCAGCGUACGCAGGCACCGCUUCUCGCUGCUGGGCCGGGCGCUGGGCUACUGGCUGGACUUCAUGGAGACUGUGCGGCGCAAGCGGUCCGCGGUGGCGGCGGCGGAGCUGCAGUUCGGGCACAGCCUGGUGCGCGCAUGGCACCGCGCCGCGGGCCGCAGCGCCGCCAUCCGCCGCGGCGUGGAGGGCAUGCAGGCCAGCUCCGGCACGAGGCGCCUGCGCACGUGCCUGGCGCGCUGGCGGGCAUUCCUCAUCUGCCGGCGCCAGUCCGCGCUGGCCAAGCGGCUGGCGGAGGAGCACCGGCGCGGCGCGGUGCUGUGGCGCUGCCUCAGCGCCUGGCUGGUGCUGGCGCAGCAGGCGGCGGCGCGGCAGCUGCAGGUCAAGGGCAUGCGCGAGUACCAGCGCAUGAUGCAGGCGGCCAUUCGCUGGCAGCGGAUGGUGGAGCAAAGCCGGAGGCAGGCAGCGGUGGUGGAGCGCGCAGUGCGGCUGUUCCGGCACCGCGUGCUGGCGGCCACGCAGCGCGCGGUGCUGCGCGGCUGGCGGGACCUGGUGGAGGAGCGGCGCGCGCUGAUGCGCUCCGCCGCUAUCGCCUUCGUGCAGGCCUUCCUGGUCAUCCGGACGCGCCGCCUGGUCACCGAGUGGCAGGGACUGGCACGUCGUGGGGCCAUUGCCCGCGGCCGUGCGGCGGCCGAGGAGCUGCGCUCCCGCCUGGAGGCAAGCGAGUCCUCACUGCGGGCGGCCUUUGCCAGGCUGGAGGCGGCGGGCGCGGACUGCGACGCGCUCCAGCAGCAGCUGCGUGAGGCCCAGUCGGACGUGCUGCACCUGAAGCAGCAGCUGCAGGACACGGAGCGGCAGCUGGCGGAGGCCUGUGCCGCACUGGAGGAGGCGAGAACGGGAAUGGAGGAGCGGGACGUGCACCUGGCGGCGCGGGCAGAGCAGCUGGCGACGCUGCAGGAGGAGCGAGACCUUCUGCAGCAGAAGACGCAGACGCUGCGCCAACAGAUCGCGGCUGGGGAGGUGUCCAUCACGUCCCUACACGAGCAGGCGUCCUCGCUGCAGCGCUCGCUGGCGGCCGCGCAGGCGCAGAGCCGCGAGCUAGGCCUGCAGAUGAAGCAGCAGGCGGCACAGUACGAGGAGCAGCUGCUGGCGGCGCGCGACGCCACAGCGCUAGUGCGACGCGAGGCCAACAGCCUGGCGGCGGCGGCGGCACGGGCGGAGCAGGCAGCAGCGGAAGGGGAGGCGCAGCUGCGGACCGUUCGUACCGGACACGAGUCGUUGGUGGCGUCCCUGCGCCAGGAGCUCCGCACACGGGAGGCCCACAUCUUGCAGCUGAGCCAGCGCCUCAGCAGCAUGCCAUGUUGCAGCGGGGGCGCGCCCGCUGCAGCCACGUCCGCGGCCGCCCGGCCCGCCACCGCCCCGCGUCCCCCGUCGCCCUUGCCAUCUGCAUCUCCCCUGGUGGACCGGAGCCUGAUCAGCGGUCUGGCCGCGCGCACCGCCGCUGGAGCCAGGGCCCUGCGCCCAACGGGCGGGCUGCUGAGCGGCCGCAACGUCGCCGGCGCGCUAGCGAGCGCUGCCUUGCAUGACGACCCCAGCUCCUCCGUUGACACCACCACCCUCAGCACCACCACGGUCACCACCACGCAGGCUCAGCAGCACGAGGAGGUUGCGGCCCAGUGGCGUGAGCGUGAGCGGCUGCUGGCAGCAGCAAUCGCGGCGCGUGAGCGCGGCCCGUUGUUUGAGCCCAGCACAGCAGCCGCCAUCGCUGCCACUGCCACGGCUGUGGCGGCAGCCGUGCGGCCCCCAUCCCCAGAAGUUGUCCUGCGCUCUUACGAGGCACGCGGGCCGGACACCAUGCCGGCGGCGGGCUCAGAGGCGACGGGCCUGCUGCGCACGUCUUUGGUGUCCCAGCCGCUGCUUCAGCCCACCGCCCAGCGGGCAUCGCCUGCGGCGCCAGCUGCAGAUGUGUGGAUCCGGAGCCCGGAUCCGCCUGCCAGCAGCUCGCCGCAGCCAUACCUGCACCUGCACCCACAGCCGGUCGCUGGCCGCAGCGGCUCGCACCACGUCACGUUUGCUGGCGCUACUUCCUACCUUGCUAAUGCGGCAGGAGGAGGCGAGCAUGAUGGCGACGGCGACGACAGCAGCUCAGACUCAAGCGCCGCACUGCAAAGUGCGGCGCUGGAGGAGGCGGUGGCCGCUGCGGCGGAGCGGCUGCGCAGGUCGGCGGCGGAGGCGCAGCAUGCGGAGCGGAGCCGGCAGGUGGGGGAGGCGGACUUCCUGCGGCGCCGGGCCGGCAUCUUGCAGCAGCGGCAAGAGGAGCUGCAGCACUUGAGCGGCGGGCAUACGCCAGGGGCGGCGGCGCAGGGCCGGCCGGCCAACGGCUCGGUUGCGGCCGGCGGGCAUGUUGGAUUAGCUGGCGCCGCCGGCAGCACCUCUGCGCCGGUCGACCGUGUGGUCAUUCUAGCAGGUGGCACCGCGCCGGGGCCUGCAGAAGCCUCAGCCGCAACAACACACCGCGCCAGCCGCAACGUGGCCAACCCCAGAGUGAGCUCCUCAGCGGCUCAAGUCGGAGCCAGGCCCAGCACGGCGGCGGCGGAAAUGGACCGGUCGCUAGACUUCGCGGCUCAGCAGCUGCAGGUGCUGGGCGCACAGCAGCAGGCCUACCAGCGCCAGCUGCUGCUCCAGCCGCCGCCGCCGCUGCCGCCAUCCCAACCGGAGGCCAGGGCCCAGCAACCACAACCGCAGCCGCGGCAGCAGCCGCAAGCGCCGGUGUCAUCGUCCUCCGCAGCAAACGUAGACGUCAUGGGAGAGGGGCCUCCAUCUGAGCUGCCGGCCCUUACGGCCGGCAUCGUCAGCACGUUGACAAACCUCCGUGACGCCAUUCGCUUCGGCCAGCCCGUAAGCCAUGAUAGCAGCCGGGCUCCUGGCGGCGUGGCUGCCUCAUCCGCUGGACAGCAAGAGCCGCUGCAAUCAGCAGCAGUCGCCGCAGCCUCAACCGGCAGCCUCAGCAGCCAAGGGAGCGAUGCUCUUGCGCCCGCGGCUGAGGCCACCCUGCGGGAACUGCUCACAAUGGCGCCGGACCGCGGGCAGCCGGGAGCGGCCGGCGGCAGUGCCUCCAGCCGACGGCCGCCCUCCGCGCCCUCCUCGCAGACACACCACUUCUCCUGGUGGCCCGCAGCAGCGGGUGCGGGCGGCGGCACUAGCCCCGGCAUGUCUGGCGAGAGCGGCGACUCACGGGGCGCGGGGGACGGCGCGGCGGUGCCGUCCCUGCAUUCGGUACCUGCCAGCUACCGCGCCGCCUCCCCGGCCGGUAGCACCUCGGGCCGCGUCGCGACUGGAAGCGAUGGCGUCGGUGCUGCCAGCGCUUUCGCGGGUGCGGCUAGCGCCACUCACGGCGCACGCGCCAGCGGCGCCUGGCUUCGCCGCAGCGCUGACGGUGCGGACGCCUUGUCCUCGUCUAUGGGUAGCAUGAGUGCUGGCACCGCACCCGCCGCCCUCGGCCGCAGCGCCGGCUCCGCCUCCGGCGCCGCAACGGCGCUGCAGCAGCUGCGGCAGCUGGCGUCUGGCCACGCACGCCCGCAACUCCCACCGCUGCCACAGCAGCAGCAAGACCAGCACCCGCUGCCGCGAUACCUGCAGGACCAGGGCCUCAGCACUCAGCUCCUGGUGGAGGGGGGCGUGGACGCUAGCGUGGAGGCAGAGCGGCUGCCGGAUGCGGGCGCAGCGUUCCCGGAGCAGGGCCAUGAGCUCUACAUGCUGGCGGGAGCUCACGUGGCGGCGGCGGUGGUGCGGAGGCGGCUACUAGGGGACACUGUGGAGGCGGAGGUGUCAAUGGCGUUGAUGGCGGCCGGGACUGGCAUGGCGGCUCAGGGAGGUGUCGGUAAGAUCGGGUAUGUGAGCGAUGACGAUGAGGAGGAUGAGGCGCUGUGCCUGGUGGACGAGAGCACACCAAGCAGCACGGCACGCAGCAUGACGCACGACGUGUGACAACUCUUGACGUCAGCGGGUUUUCAAGUACGGUGUUUAUGGUAGGGGGGAUGCCUCAAAACUUGGUUGAUGAUUCUAGAAGGACACUCCUCAUAUGGCUGACUGCAGUCGUCGCCACACUGUCACAUCGACGGCGUGCUCGCGAGCUCUCGGCUGCACCAGCGGUGGCUUCCAAGCGGGGCCCAUGCGAGCGCUGCUGCCGGCGGUUGGCCACUUCGGGCCGUAGCUGCGGCGACGCUGUGGCUGGGCGCUUUUGCAUCGCGAUGUAAAGUGGCACCGCG